AUGAGAAGAAUCUUGUGCUACACUUUUGUCCUCGCUUUAACAAUGUUGGAGACCAGCUCACGGUGA